CACCAAAGCCCUCCCUAAAACCCUACACUCUCUAACGAUGGGUAGCCCAGCUGCUGUUUCUUUCCUCACCACCAUCGCACGCGCCGCCUUUGGUCUCGGCGCAGCCGCGACGGUCCUCAACUCCUCGCUUUACAACGUUGACGGUGGGCAGCGAGCCGUCAUAUUCGACCGUCUCCGCGGAAUACUGGACGAGACCGUGGGGGAGGGGACACAUUUCCUGGUACCAUGGCUCCAGAAGCCCUUCAUCUUCGACAUCCGAACCAAGCCCCACACUUUUUCCUCUGUCUCCGGCACCAAGGACCUCCAGAUGGUCAACCUGACCCUCCGAGUCCUCUCUCGUCCCGAGGUCACGAAACUGCCAGAGAUCGUCCAAACCCUAGGGCUCGAGUACGAUGAGAAGGUCCUCCCAUCGAUCGGAAAUGAGGUUCUCAAGGCCGUGGUGGCGCAGUUCAACGCCGACCAGCUCCUCACCGAGCGGCCUCAGGUCUCGGCCUUGGUCCGCAAUGGCCUGAUGGAGCGGGCCAGGAAUUUUAACAUCGUGCUCGACGACGUAGCGAUCACGCACCUGUCUUACGGGGCGGAAUUCUCGCGCGCCGUGGAGCAGAAGCAAGUGGCCCAGCAGGAGGCCGAGCGGUCCAAGUUCGUGGUGGCGAAGGCGGAGCAAGAGAGGCGGGCCGCAAUUAUUCGGGCUGAGGGAGAGAGCGAGGCGGCCAAGAUGAUCUCGGACGCCACUGCACAGGCUGGGAUGGGCCUUAUCGAGCUCAGGAAGAUUGAGGCAAUGAGGGAGAACGCUAGCACGCUGGCCAAGUCGCCAAAUGUGGCAUACCUGCCCGGUGGUCAGCAAAUUCUCAUGGCUCUCAAUGCCUCGCGUUGAGUCCGGGCAUGAGGAUGGCAUAACAACGUGAAAAGGUCGCGGAUUUGCAUUAUUGAUGGCUUUAGUUUAUAGUUGAUGAAGUUUUUGUUUUGGUAUCUAAGACGAUAAAGAUUCAAACUUUCUUUUAGCAAUCAGAAAUUCUGAAUUUGUGGUGUUUUUGGAGAUCAAGCUGAAAACGCAUGGAUUUUUUUUCCUGUCCUGCAACCAUCACCUUGUUUCCCAUAUGUUAUAACUUCACCUAUGUUGUAUGUCGUCUUCCUAAAGUUGUUUUGAGAAUCGGCUGUUUCUUUUUUAAUAAUUUAUGGCCCAUCACGGGUGGCCCUAUAUUGCCUAUACGUGCACUGUAGUAUGGGAUAAAUAACAUGAUUUAUUUCUUUAAA